AUGUGUGCGUUUCCUGUUUCCGGAGCGGAGGAGAAGAUGGCGACCGCGAGGAACGGAAAGGCUGGCCUGCUGGAGAAGUGGAGGAUCGAUGAGAAGCCGGUGAAGAUUGAUAAAUGGGACGGAGCCGCUGUGAAGAACUCUCUGGAUGACGCCGCUAAGAAGGUGCUGCUGGAGAAGUACGGGUACGUGGAGAACUUCGGGCUGGUGGACGGCCGGCUGCUCAUCUGCACCGUCUCCUGUCUGUUCGCCAUGCUGGCUCUGGUCUGGGACUUCCUGCACCCCUUCCCCGAGUCCAGACCGGUCCUCGCCUGCUGCGUCAUCUCGUACUUCAUCAUGAUGGGCAUCCUGACUCUCUACACCUCCUACCAGGAGAAGAACAUCUUCCUGGUGUCGCUGCAGAAGGAUCCGGCCGGGAUGGAUCCGGAUCACAUGUGGCAGCUCUCCUCCUCCCUCAAACGGUUCGAUGACCAGUACUCUCUCAGAGUUUCCUUCUCUGAUGGAACGUCGAGGAACUCGCGGGAAGCCGAGUUCACGAAGUCCGUGUCGGCGUUCUUUGACGAGAACGGGACGCUGUCCAUGGACCAGUUUGAGAAGUGUGUCUCUAAACUUCACGACACGCUGGCCUCCGACAAGAAGACCAAAUAACACCUGAUGGAAGUCGCCGCCGUCGUCUGCUGGUUUUAUUUCAUCACUUUCUUGGCUCUCUUUUGGUCUCGAGUGUUUAAUUCUGUUUUAAAUGGUCAUAACAUUAUUAGCAUCAAUCAGUGAAUGCUAACGAAGGUAAACACGGACGCAGUGGUUUUCCUCCUCACGGACAAACUCAACAGGAAGUGGACCGAAUGUCGACCAAACUUGAUUUUGAUUGUUUCAUUUAAUUCCUGUUAUUAUUUCUCUGUAAUUCUCAUCAGUGGAAACAUGUCUGAACUUAUUAAAGAUGGAGAUUGUUACCAAAACA